UUGGGGUGUUCAGCGGCAGGCCCCCGGAAGUGGCCGAACUCUUCCGGAAGUGAUCCUCCGCUGUGGAUGGAGGCUCCUGCUAGACGGACGCCACCGCGGAGCCGCCGCACCGGGGAAUGACGUGCUGGACUCCGGACUGAUGGCGUCAGGCACGGCGAGCCGCUCUGAAGACGAGGAGUCGCUGGCGGGACAGAAAAGGAGCUCGUCACAGGUCUCGGGCACCAUCCCCAAACGGCGGAGCUCCUCCAGGUUCAUCAAGAGGAAGAAGUUUGAUGAUGAGCUGGUAGAGAGCAGCCUCGCCAAGUCGUCCAGCCGGGCCAAGGGGCCCAGUGGGGUGGAGCCAGGCCGCUGCUCGGGCAGCGAGCCCUCCUCCAGCGAGAAGAAGAAGGUCUCCAAAUCCAUCUCUGCACCCAUCACCCCGAGCCCGGUCCCGAACCCCAGCCUCCCCAAGCGGAUGAAGAAAAGCAAACAGCCCCUGCAGGUGACGAAGGACUUGGGCCGCUGGAAGCCUGCAGAUGACCUGCUGCUCAUCAAUGCUGUGCUACAGACCAAUGACCUGACCUCGGUCCACCUGGGCGUGAAGUUCAGCUGCCGCUUUACCCUGCGGGAGAUCCAGGAGAGGUGGUACGCGCUGCUCUACGACCCGGUCAUCUCCAAGCUGGCCUGUCAGGCCAUGCGGCAGCUGCACCCUGAAGCCAUCACCGCCAUCCAGAGCAAGGUGCUGUUCAGCAAAGCCGAGGAGCAGCUGCUGAGCAAGGUGGGAUCGACCAGCCAGCCCACGCUGGACACCUUCCAGGACCUGCUGCACAAGCACCCCGAGGCGUUCUACCCUUCGCGCACGGCCAAGGCCCUGCAGGUCCACUGGCAGCUGAUGAAGCAAUACUACCUCCUGGACGACCAGACAGUGCAGCCGCUACCCAAGGGGGACCAGGUGCUGAACUUCUCGGAUGCGGAGGACAUGAUUGACGACAGCAAGCUGAAGGACAUGCGGGAUGAAGUGCUGGAGCACGAACUGACCGUGGCCGACAGGCGCCAGAAGCGGGAGAUCCGGCAGCUGGAGCAGGAGCUCCACAAGUGGCAGGUGCUGGUGGACAGCAUCACGGGAAUGAGCUCCCCGGACUUUGACAACCAGACGCUGGCUGUGCUCCGGGGGAGGAUGGUGCGUUACCUCAUGCGCUCCCGAGAGAUCACGCUGGGCAGAGCCACGAAGGACAAUCAGAUUGACGUGGACUUGGCGCUGGAGGGCCCUGCCUGGAAAAUCUCCCGCAAGCAAGGUGUCAUCAAGCUGAAGAACAACGGGGAUUUCUUCAUCGCCAACGAGGGCCGGCGGCCCAUCUACGUGGACGGGCGCCCCGUGCUGGGGGGCAGCAAGUGGAAGCUCAACAACAACUCAGUGGUGGAGAUUGCCAGCCUGCGCUUCGUCUUCCUCGUCAACCAGGACCUGAUCGCCCUCAUCAAAGCCGAAGCUGCCAAGAUCCCCCAGCAGUGAGGGGCCCUGCUACCGUCAGGUGACUGCUGGCUUCACCUGCAGCAGGCUCCCGGCCCCCUCCUUUCCCAGGAGACUGGGCCUGGCCCUGAGGCUGCCUGCUCCCCUCUGGCUGGGGGGCAGAGCACAAAGGUGCCAGUGGCUGCACCUCCUGUGUCACAGGGGCGGGGGCCCGACUGCACAAUGUUACCUUCCAAAUAAAAGUGUCCAACCUGC